AAGAAUUUUAAAGAUAAAUAAUAAGACAAAUUGUCUUUACUAUAUGUUUACAAUUGAGGAAAAUAACUUCCAAUUUUACUUGUUAAAGUUUUCAUUCACAAAAACAAAAAAAAGAUUUAGUUAAAAUAUAGUGUGACCAGUGGCUCUGCGCCUCUAUAACAACAACCAACGGUCGUACCAGCACACAUAACUUCCAAUUGUAAAUACAUAAAUAAUUAGGCACAUUAGGAUUAAAUCAUACAAAACAUGCUGCGUUUGGGCACCCAAAUGUGCCGGCAAGUGGCCUUAAAUAAGCAGAAUGUGUCCUGCAUCCCAGGCAGCAAAAAUACACAGAUAUUGGUCACCAGGAAGAUGACACAACAGCGAACGCCGGUGGAUUGGACCACAAGUAUUCCCACAAAGGCGGCUAAGGACAAGGAAAAGAUUGCUCCAUUGGGAUGGUUUCUGCUGCUUAUACCCGCCACCACUUUUGGCUUAGGCUGUUGGCAAGUAAAGCGAAAGAUUUGGAAGGAGCAGUUGAUCAAGGAUCUUAGUAAGCAACUUAACACAGCUCCUGUGGAUUUACCAGAAGAUCUCAGCGACCUUUCUCUCAUGGAAUACCGUAUGGUCAAGAUUCGUGGACGUUUUCUUCACGAUAAAGAAAUGCGCAUGGGUCCAAGAUCACUCAUACGGCCCGAUGGCGUGGAAACCCAAGGAGGACUCUUCUCGCAGCGGGACUCAGGCAAUGGUUAUUUAAUAGUGACCCCUUUUCAGCUGGCAGACAGAGACGACAUUGUGCUUGUAAAUCGUGGAUGGGUCUCCCGCAAGCAAGUGGAGCCAGAAACACGUCCUUUGAGUCAACAGCAGUCGGAAGUGGAGCUCACAGCCGUGGUGCGCAAAGGAGAAGCCCGACCUCAGUUCACACCCGACCAUAAAGGCAAUAUCUACCUAUAUCGAGACCUGCCACGGAUGUGUGCUUGCUCAGGAGCUGCCCCUGUAUUCCUGGAUGCCAUUUACGAUGUCCAGGCCGCUAAAAAUGGUCCUAUCGGCGGCCAGACGCGCGUAACCCUGCGCAACGAUCAUCUGUCGUACCUAGUCACCUGGUUCAGCUUAUCGGCGGCCACUUCCUUUCUCUGGUACAGGCAAAUAGUCAAGAGAAUACCUUUCUAAGAAGUUCGUAAAUCAAACGCUCUGUUGUUAUUUUUAUAAAAUUUACAUGCUCUCGUGUAAA